UAAGUAUAAUUUAACAGUAUUUCAAAGUCUACUAACUAUAAACAUGAAUUCGAUUUCUUCUACUCUCUGCAUCACUGCGUUACUUAUGAUAUCAACGUACAUCAAAUUGUCAGAAUCAGCUAGCAUUGUACCAAUUGAACAGGAACGAAUUAUGAGACAACUGGCAUCACUCGAAGAAUCCGAAGCAAAACGAUCAGGUCAAGAACAUGAAAUCGCCGAAAAAAGAUAUUCACAUGCAAUGUACACUUCUGAAAGAGGACGAGGAGAAGACCGUGCUGCUGUCAGACGCCUCUUGAGCAUGCUUGUCGGCAAAAGAAGUGCUGAAAUGACGCAAGAAAAACGCUCUGGAGAAAAUCUUAACGCACCACCAUCUACUGCUUUCGGUGACGUGCAUGGUUACUUACUUCUUGUUGGAAAAAUCACAGAUGACAUUAUGGAUGAUGUUAUGAAUGGAGAGGUCGUAAUGGCGGAAGUUGGAGGCGGAAGCCGAUAGAAGGUCAAACGGAUGCAAUACAUCACUAAAUAUUAACCCACAAUGGCUCAUAGAAAAUGAAUCAAAUUUCACAAGAUUUGCUUAAUAUAACCCAUUGUUGGCCACACGGGCAAAUUUUUCUUAUGAAUUAUACAUGUCAUUAUUUUGUUAUUUUUCUUAAUUCUUAAAAUGUUUCACUAUUUACUGUAAUUAAACUGUAGAAAUUUUACCUGAGCUUUAUAUUAAUUGAAAUCAUAUCGUCCAAUUAUAAUUUAAAUCCCACUUGACUGCCUAUUUUCUCGGCCAUGGACCAUUUUAUGAUUAGUUACAUUAAAUAAUAUAUAGCUAAAAAAGGAGCAAACAGAUACGCCAAUGAUGAUAAUUCGUUGUUAUGAUGUCAUAUUUUACUUUCAUAAUCGUAAACAUAAUUUUUCAAUGUACAAUUACAUAAUUCACUGAAAUAUUAUAUACGUAAUAAUAAUACGUAUUAAUCGAAAUAAUUUGAGUAUUUUUCUCAAUAUAUAUGGUUUAAAUCGACUAUUAUGGAAAUUUGAAUCCGUAAAUUUUAAUUGCAC